CAACAACUGUCUCGAGGCCGCAGCUUUGGCAAGCACUGCAUCCGCCCCUCGGUCAUUAUACAAAACUGGCGACCUUGACCUCAAUAUCCCUUGUUGGAUCUCGCCCGCUUCGCUCGAUCUCAUGCAGGAUCAAGACGGCCCAUUACAAAACACCAUGAGCCCUGGUCCACAUCACACCCCCCCGUCGCCUUACAUUGCACGCUACUCGAUUGGCUUUCCGCUCGAUGGCGGCACACCAUCCAUCACCGCUUUGUCGGAAGUACUGCCUCUUCGGGAAGUCGUCUCCAAAAGCCGAACAAAUCAUGCAGAGUGUUUUGGCUCGCCUCGCUCCGUUUUAAUGGGCCAUGCUCCAGAUCUGGCAAUCGGUAUCAGGAAAUCACUUCUCGAUCCUCUCGCUGGGUUGUUUUGGCCAUAUAUGCAUGGGUUUGAGGCUAGGGAUCUGGAGGUACCUCUGAGGUAUACCAAAAGUUACGAUCCUGUACCUCAAUCGUCAUCGUUUGAUAGGGAUCCUUGGUUCCGUUACGGCGGCACUGCUAUUACCAAUACCCAUGAGAAUGCGGCAGGAACACACGCUUGUUGUGCUGCUGGCAAGUGUUCAUUGGCAUAUCCCAUCUCGGAGGAAGAGAUCGCCUACAAUCGUAUCGGACCGAUGGGCAAUAAAAACGGGCUGGUCAGCGCAACCGGCCACCCUGGAAACUAAUUUCGACUCCGACCCAUUCUCGUUACUGCUGUCAGGCAUGACAGAUCAUGUUCGUGCUUACCACACUUACCCGCCCUGGGUCGGUCAAUAUGCCGGUGCUCUAUUCAGACUGCUGCAUUUGACACAUGCAGCCAUCCGCAAUGCAGACCAGACCAUGGCCGUCGGGGUCAGGCUUCUCCCUUCUCGUUUGACAUCUUUCGCCCCCGCUGUUGGUCGUGUCCUGGAAGGGAAAUAUGGCAUUCACCUUCAUGCGAGUGUGGUGCGCCGAUAUUGACCAUUAGAUGGCGUCCCUGCAACUGGCAGCCGGUCACUCCUGCAAUCACCA